GUGCCAGAGCACAAGCAGCACUUUAUCCGGCCCAUCUCACUCACGGUAAGAGGAAAUCCUAAACUUGUCUGGUCCACCGCUGCUUCCCUUCUCUCUCGCUCACACACCCUGGACGCUCACACACCCUGGACGCUCACACACCCUGGACGCUCACACAAACAGGAGGAGAAUGGCAGUAGCAGCAUCCACACAGAGAAUGAAUGAGACCCACAAAAUACUGGCAUUCACUUUGUUUCUCAUCACCAUCCUCUUUCACGGUGGUGUAGUUGCACAAGAUGAGAGUGAAUCAGAUGUUGUCACUGGGCCCACACAGCCAGUUGAUGUUGCUGAAUUAAUUCGUGGAGACGACAUUGACACCACACAACCGGCAGAUGAAGAAGCAGAUAAGCCCCAAGUCCAGAUCAUUGUAUUCCCCAGUAUUCCUGGCCUGGAUCUGUCAGGCUUCUUACAUGACACCACAGCGACUCCAGUCACCAAGGGGGUAGUGGAGACCACAGACAUAGGGGAGGCCACAGUGGAGGCUGGUGAAGCAGGAAUCACAGACCCAGAUGACAACCAGGAGACCCAGGCUCCCCAGCAGUUUCAGACCUCCCAAUCCAGUGACACUGUGCUCAUCCCAGAGUUGUCUGGUGUCUCUCUACAGGCUGAUGUGAUGUGUGUUGAUAAAGAAGCUGUCCAGGACAGAGAUGCAGUGAAUCUGAAACUCAAGGCCUCAUCCAGCUGUGAGGAGACCAGGUCUAAAAUUGAGAGUGUGUUGGAGCACCUGUGUGGAGAUGACUGUAAACUGGAGGUCUACCAGGAGGACAACUCCAAUGAAAUCCUGAUCUCUGGCCAAUGUAUAGAAGCUGAUGCAAAAGGAAUGGCUGAGAAGUUCAACAAUGACAACAUUAAAGACAAGAUUGAUUUUGAGGAGGCUGUUCCUCGCUGGGGGAAGAAAUCCAAACUGGUACUGGUCUCCCUGCUGCUCACUGGACUGCUCCUGGCUAUUCUUCUCAUCGCAGGCUACUACCUGAAAACCCACCGCCCACCACCCAAGGGAGCGAGACUGGCUGAAGAGGGUUUCCAGGUGUAUGAGGAGAACCAGGCCAACACCCUGGUGUCGGUGGCCCCUCUGCAGUCACAGGAGCCCCUGUUGAAGCCCACCAACAAUGGGGAGUUUCCUGAGAGCCAGCCACUACCCAACAACGGCCAACCUGCCACCCAGACCUCGGUUGCUGACACUGAGAUGUGAACGAGCUCUGAAUUACAUCCCCAACGCCCCAUUUUCAUUCCUCCUGCUCACCAUCAUCACCACAUUCCCAAUCCCUCUCCCCUCAUAGUGUACCUGGGGAUACAAGACUCUAACACUAAACAACAAUUCAAUAUCCAAGCCCACCUCACCUUACCCCAUGCAACCCUUGACUCCCAGGAUGAUGACAAUGAUGAAGAUGAUGACUAUGACGAUAAUGACGAGGCCUGUAAUGUGAAGAGAAGAGAUUGUGAUCACUGGCCUCUAACAGGUUUCAGUGGUGGUAGAGAAGGAGCCUAAACACUGAGUUUGGGGGACUGGACAGCAGGUUGAGACUGCAUUCCAAAAACAAUAAUUGCUGCAAGAAAUUAACAAGAAAUCACCAAAAUUGACAAUUUGUGUUGCUGUUUCCAAAUUCAUGUAUGAAGCACAGUGUAUUCGAAUUCUUAGUCUUUCAGAUCUCAAAUGGACUCAUUUGAACUAAAAGGGUCAUCGUAGUUUAAAGUAUCGCUUGUAUGAUCUGGUGUGAUCGUUUGCUUGAACCUCCUGUUUGAGGUAAAAAAUUACAUUUGGGUAACAGAAGCGGAGAAAGAGUGAUACAUGGAGAUUAUUUCAACCAUUGAAGAGAUUUUAAUAGGCAGCUUUAAAAUGGGUAUCAAUAUGAUUGGCUAGUGCAGAGAUCAGAGUUGAAUCAUGUUGCCUUUUAUCAAGGCCCAUCAUAAUAGUUGUGUGAGAUGGGCUGCCAUAUGUUUGUUUCAUAAUUCUGUAGGCCUACACUCUUAGAAAAAAAAGGUGCUAUCUAGAACCUAAAAGGGUUCUUCAGCUAUCCCCAUAGGAAAACCCUUUGAAGGUAGAACCCUUUCCACAUAGAGUUCUACAUGGCACCCAAAAGGGUUCUACCUGGAACCAAAAAAGUUAUCCUAUGGGACAGCCAAAGAACCAUUUUGUAACCCUUAUUUUUGUGUAGUGUGUCACAAUUUCCAUCAUGACGAACAUUAUAUUGUAGUUGUUUAAAUGUUUUUUUUUUCUGUUCUGACUCAGCACUGUGUCUUUGAGAAUGUUGAACCAGGUAGACUAAUCUUAUCAAAUCUGAAAAACAGACAUAACCUGUCGGUUUUGUGUGGCGAAGCACUGCCUUUAAAUAUCUACAAAAUCCCUAGUAACAUGUUCAACAUUCCCAAGGCCCUUUAAAUGUCCUUAAUAAAUCAGUUCAUCAUGAAACAUCAGUUACAUGGAUGGAAGAUGUAUUUUAGCUAUUGUUUUUUGAAUGACUGAUUGUUGUCAUACAAUGCUGCAUGUGUAAAUAUGCCUACUUUCUCUGUUAGAAAUAUCUGUGUGCCCUAUACAUUUUGAUUGUGUCAUUGUUGCUACUGUUUCUUUGUCUACCUGAACAGGUAACACUAGCCUGAUCAUGUCACAUAGCAUGGCACACAUACAAACUUGCAUCUCUUUAUAGACCCCACACAAGGACAAUUUAAAUGUAUUAUGAUUCCUACAGCUGUUUUGGGCCUUUCAUCAAAUCCAACAUCUGAUCUUGGCUUAAAUAAACCAAAUUAUUAAUAUGUCAUUGAAAAA